AUGGCCCAAGAAGUGGAGUCCUAUCAAGAUUAUAAUUUAUCUGAGUCUGACCCGACCUCUGCCGCCUACUCUCCAACAGCCCUCGUCGCGGCCAUCUCGUUUGCCUUAGCGAACUGGAUCAUGAUUACAAGGACGAUGACUCUUUAUAGAAAUACAAAGCCAUUCAGAUAUUCGGCGAUAUCGUUCUACUUUGCAAUGGUCUCGGGUAGUAUCGUUCUGGCGACACUCUCAUUGUCAGAGCUUUUAAUCAAGGGUCAGUUUCUGGAUGUUCAACUGGUCAUGAUUCAUCUUGCUCUUGAUCUAACGUCUGGUCGUGUCCAUCAGAUUCUUCAGCCUGCCACGUUUCAAUAUGUUGAGUCUUGCAAAGGAUAUAUCUAUUUCCCGGCUUUGAUCCUCGAAGCUGUAAUUUGCUUCUUGACUGUCGCCGGAACCUAUCAAAAGGCAACCGGCAUGUAUCCUUCGGAAACCAACUUGUUCCUAGUGUUGUAUCGCGAUGGAGUCUCUUACUAUGUGGUUCCUUUGGGUCGGAAUCUAUAUCGCUAG